CGAAAUCCCCCUCUGCUUGGCCACUGUGUGUCACAUUACAUGAGUGUACUGAACAUGCAGACAGUGCUGCAACGCUGUGAAUAACUUUUAGUUUAAUCUGUGUUGCAGACUUUCUUGUCACUUGGAGAUGAGAUCCGCACAAGUCAUUUUCACCCUAUCCCUCCUCACCCUUGUGGCAAGUAAAUAUGAUCCAACAUGGGAAUCACUAGACUCUCGUCCCCUUCCCCCUUGGUACGAUGAGGCCAAGUUUGGUAUAUUCAUGCACUGGGGAGUGUACUCAGUACCAAGUUUUGGAACAGAGUGGUUCUGGUACAGAUGGAAACAUGACCAGGAUCCAAGUUUUGUGGAAUUCAUGAAGAAUAACUAUCCACCUGACUUUGAGUAUCAAGACUUUGCCCCAAUGUUUCAUGCAGAAUUCUUUGAUCCAGACUCUUGGGCAGAUCUUUUAACAAAGUCUGGUGCAAGAUAUGUAGUCCUGACCAGUAAACAUCAUGAAGGUUGGACAAACUGGAGAUCAAAUGUAUCAUGGAACUGGAACUCUGUUGACAAUGGUCCACACAGGGAUCUUGUGGGGGAACUGGCAACAGCCAUAAGAAAUAGAACAGACAUCACAUUUGGAUUGUAUCAUUCACUCUUUGAAUGGUUCAAUCCUCUCUAUUUGAAGGAUCGUGCCAACCACUUUGAGACACAGGAUUAUGUAGAGCAAAUUCUGAUGCCAGAGUUGUAUGACCUGAUUAACACAUAUAAACCUGAAUAUUUAUGGUCAGAUGGUUCAAGUGGACCUGACACUUACUGGGAGAGCACAAAGUUUCUUGCCUGGCUUUAUAAUGAGAGUCCUGUUAAAGAUACUGUUGUGACAAAUGAUCGAUGGUGUGACAAUGGAUGUCUCUGCCAUCAUGGUGGGGUGUACACUUGUCAUGACCGCUACAAUCCAGGCAAAUUGCAAAACCACAAAUGGGAGAAUGCACUGACAGUGGACAAAGGAUCUUGGGGCUACAGACGUAAUGUAGACAUUGGCUCCUAUUUGACCAUCAAUGAACUCUUAUAUCAGUUGGCAUCAACUGUUAGUUGUGGAGGGAACAUGUUGUUGAAUGUUGGCCCAACUGCAGAUGGUCGCAUUAUACCUGCUUUUGAGGAGAGAUUGCUUCAGAUGGGAGAAUGGCUGUCUAUAAAUGGUGAAGCUAUUUAUGGCACCAAACCUUGGAGAGCUCAGAAUGACACCGUUAACAAGGAUGUAUGGUACACGUUAAAAAAUGAGACUGUGUAUGCCAUUGUUCUUGAGUGGCCCUCUUCGGAUCACCUGAAUCUCGGAGCUCCAGUUUCCACUGCAGACACUCACGUAACAAUGUUAGGUUAUGAUGGAAAAUUUCUUUGGGAGCCUGCCGGUGAAAAGGGUGGCAUGGUGAUUGUUUUCCCUCCCAUUGCUGUUAACAAGAUCCCUUCUAAAUGGGCCUGGGUUUUAAAAUUGGAAAACAUUAAGUGAAUGCAUCUUUCAUCAAGCAAUGAUAACGUGAGCAAAUCGCGUAGUUCCAUAAUUAAUCACUAGUCACUUUUUUAAUUACUUUGAACUUAAAGUAAACCACAUUUGUAAAAUCUAGCCAUUUGUAUCCUGUGGUAGAUGGCUUUGCUUUGUACUGAUGAAAAGAAGGAGAUGAUAUGGGUGUCGUUGAAGAGGUAAUCAGCCUAAGUUACUAAGAAAUUUGGUCUCCUACCAAAAUUUUUUUUAAACAAGUUUUGUAUGUGUUCUUUUCUUAGUAAAACUGAUCACUUUUUGUAGUACAAUAAUAAUAACUUAAGUUUGUAAAGGAAUAAUUAAUUGAGCCAAGGAGCUAACAAAUUGCUUGGUUCACUUUCAAACCUCUUAGUAAGUAGUUUUUGUUUCAUUUCAGAAUCGAAAGUUUUGUAGCGCAUGUUCACGUGCUGAAAAUAUUUCACGAUAGCUGUUUCUGCAAUAGCCAUAAUUUUACUCUUAGCUCUUCGGAAGUAUUUUAAACCGAGGUUCUAAGUAUGAUUAUUGUAAGGUAAAGAGAAAAAAUUAUUAAAAAAAGUUUAAUAUGA